CGCUUGCCUUCGCUAGCGCAGCCCGUGUCGCGCGGCAACAGUUUUCCACUCACGGAAAAAUUGUGUCGCGAGUGCCGCGGGAACCUUCGAUUCCAGAGCUCUAGACUUUUGUGACCUUGUUUAUAACGUGAUGGAUAAAGUGCAUGGCGUUUUCUAAGUGUUUAAGAAGUGCCUACUUGUACGUCAGUGCUCCCGGCCCACCCCACUGAACCCUGCACUUGCACCAUGGAGGGGACAUCGCACGUGUCGACCCACUGGCUGUCCACAGCGAUUCUCCUCUGUUCCUUCUUCUCAACACACUCCCUUAACACUAAGAUUCACGAGCACAUGACCCCCGACGAAUUACGGAAUGUAUUCCACGUGGAGCAUCACAGCCAUGUACCAGAAUACCAUUUGGUUCAACUAACGCACCACUUGGCGAGGCGGCACAUCCACAACGCCCAUAAAACAAACAUCCAUACAACAAACUCAAACAAAGUGCCACACGAUAAAACAAAAUCAUGGAAGACAGAAAACCCACCGUCGCUACUGAACGACGAAAUGUUUCACAAAGCGAAAGAAUACAUCAAAGAUGUUGAUAUAAUAGGAGAUUUGAAUAAUACAGUGAGCGUUCAGUUUAGUGUAUCGAAUUCAAGUGAAAUAAGUGAUAGUGACGGUAAUUUAAGUGACAAGUUACGUGAUAAUAUACACGAAAUACCGGAUCAAGAAGAAGAUGUACAUAAAAUAGAUUUGGAAGCAUUCGGUAGACAGUUGAAGUUGGUGCUUAGAAAGCAAGAAGGAUUACUAAAGAAGGAUGGACUGAAGAUGUGGCGAGCGCUGACAAACGAGUCGCAUCCACAUGGUGUUGAUUAUGAAGAGUUGAGUACGGAAAACGAAGAAGAUAUAGGUGACCUGUACCAUGAUGAUGAAAAUGGCGCCGCGCUGCUUAUCAGAAGACAUCCGAAGAAUGGAAAGAUCAUAGUGGAAGGCUCGAUAGGUCACGAACUGGUGAUCAGACCUAUCCCAGAUUCAAUGACGACCGCAGCGCAGGACGACGAAAUGUUCCUAGAUCCCAGCAGCAUGGCCGACAUGGUGUCAAUAGAUACCGGCUUACCAAUCGUGAAAAGGAAGAAAAUAGACCAAGAUAGGUUAAAACAAGCUCUCCAAGGCGCACAUCAUGUUAUCAUCAAAAGGGAUCCCGCUCAGGGAGAUCAUCUCAGUGACUUUGCAUUCAUGGAGCCGGAUCAUAUUGGCAAGAGAUACAGACGGAAGCGGUCUACAGAGUCUCACAGCAGGCAAAAACGAGAAGCCCCAUACGUUAUCUACCCGGAGAUCCUGGUCAUUGUGGAUUAUGAUGGAUACAGAUUACAUGGCGGUGACAAUGUUCAAAUCAAGCGUUACUUCGUAUCGUUUUGGAAUGGCGUCGACUUGCGAUACAAACUGCUUAAGGGGCCCAGAAUACGUAUAUCCAUCGCCGGUAUUAUUAUAUCUAGGGGUCGUGAUGCCACACCUUACCUGGAAAGGAAUCGAGUUGGCCGCGACGCUAUCGACUCGGCAGCUGCGCUCACAGACAUGGGCAAGUAUCUCUUCAGAGAGCGGCGGCUGCCGGUCUACGAUAUCGCUGUUGCUAUUACGAAACUAGACAUGUGCAGGAGACAAUAUGCAAACGAUGCGUGCAAUAGGGGGACAGCAGGUUUCGCAUAUGUGGGCGGAGCGUGUGUUGUCAACAAGAGAUUAGAAAAAGUGAACUCUGUUGCUAUAAUUGAGGACACCGGUGGCUUUUCCGGAAUUAUCGUAGCGGCGCACGAAGUCGGCCAUUUAUUAGGAGCAGUGCACGACGGUAGCCCGCCUCCAUCGUAUCUCGGUGGUCCUGGCGCAGAGAAAUGCAGAUGGGAGGACGGCUUCAUCAUGUCGGAUCUCAGGCACACCGAGAAAGGGUUCAGAUGGUCGCCAUGCAGUGUUCAGAGCUUCCAUCACUUUUUAAAUGGUGACACGGCGACAUGCCUGUACAACUCGCCGCACGAGGACGACUCACUGCCGCGGGUGUUGCCAGGCCGACUGCUCACUCUGGAUGCGCAAUGCCGCAAGGAUAGAGGCACCAGCGCUUGUUUCAAAGAUGAGCGCGUGUGCGCACAGCUGUUCUGUUUCGACGCUGCGAGUGGCUACUGUGUGGCGUAUAGACCUGCAGCUGAGGGCUCGCCGUGCGGGGAUGGACAGUACUGUAUAAACGGGCGCUGUAUAACGGAGCACGAGAACAUAAUCCCCGACUACUCGCAGCACACGCCGAGCUACGUGCGCCCCGACACCAGCCCGUUCUUCGGAAACAUCACGAGUACCGGGGACACAACAAAACCAUACGUAGCUAGCACACGAGCGCCACCUGUAACACACCGACAAAACUACUAUUCAAGUUACAAAAAGAAUACAAACGCAGAAAAUGCAACAACAACAACUACUACUACUACUACAACAACAACAACAACAACUACCACCACAACAACAGAGAGGCCUUACAAAUACAAUUAUUACAACCCAUGGAAGACCACAGAGUAUAAAACUGAAAAACCAACAACUGUCAGUGUCAAAACAACUGUCACAAAGAGUACUCUACCAAGAAUAUCAAUAUCCACCACAAGAAGCCCAUAUGACUUUAAAGAUUUCACAACAUUAAGACCAAUUGAAAAAACAGUAUCUCCCAAACAUGGUUUCUUCAACAAGGACGAACUGGACAGUUACUUUAAACCAACAACUAAGAAUCCAUUCCCAGACAAAGGAAUCAAAUCUCUCUUCAAGAUAGGAACUUAUUAUUCCCAAUCAAAAGCCAGUGACAACUCAAUAAGACCGGAUGCAAAUUCCCAACAAGUUCAAAUAGAACCAGCGAGACUGGUCUUCUCUUACCAAAGGAACCUUACCUCCGGGGAAUUGAUACAAACUUAGGAUAGAUGUGCCAAAUUAACACUUAUUGCAGCCGCCAUUAAAGAAACGAGCGGACAAAACCCUGAAGACUGCUGCGCUGGAAUGACGAGACUAGUGGUGCUUACGCCGUCUUUGCCUUAAGCCAUGGUGUCUUCACUAUACCAGUCACUACUUCCAGCCCCUACUUAAAAUACAGAUUGUGUUAUGUGCGCGCAAACCCGUACACAAGAAUAUUGCCGAUACAUUAUAACGAUUUAUAAAUACUUAUUGUGCGACAAACUUAUUUCGAUCAGUGGAGUUCGGGCAGAUACUUCUUUCAGAUCAUAUUUUAAAGUUAAACUAUAAAUAUAGAAAAUCACACAUAAGAUUAGAUAGCUACAGUAUGACAAGGAUUUUUUGACUUAUGCCCACAAGCUCAGAUAAGUUUGUCGGACUUCUGAAGUAAGUUUUUAAUCUGUGACGUUGAUACUGGCAACUUUUGGUUUUAAAAAGUAUAUCAAUAUUCAGCGGGUAAUUGCGGGAUUGUGUCGCACUUGUACGUGUGUAAAAUGUGUCUGAAGACGUGACUAUAAAAGUGUCAGACACAGUUCUGUGAGUGAUAUAACAAUGUGAUUGUGUAACUAUUAAUGAACUAUAAGUACAUUAGGAUAUUUUAAUAUUUUUCUUUCGUAUAAAUACGUUCGGAGUAUCCGACAUGGAGCCGUUGUGUUUGCGAUUUGGUUUUGGAAUCAUAGAGCAAUACUCUCUUUUUAGUCUAUGGACGUUCGUUUAGAAACGGUUGUAUAAAAUAUUCUUAGUAUAAAAAAAUGAAACUGCCAAUUAGUGCCUUUUAUGAAGUUAUAUAAAAGAUCUAAUUAGAACUCUUUUUUCUAAUAAAAACUGAGCUUUCGGC